AUGGGAUAUCCAGAAUCAAUUUCAUCAAUUUCAAACUCAACUGGUUCAAUGGGAAGUUCAAUUAGUGCCUCCAAUCUUAAUGGAUUUGCUAGUAAUGAUAAUUCAAUUUCAUGUUUUGAUGGUGGUUGUGGUGGUGGUUUAGGUGGAUGGGGUGGUUUAAGAGGAUGGGGUGGUAUUGGUGGUUUUAAUGGAGGUUGUGAAGGUUGUGGCAGUUCAAACACCAAUAUAAUUAACCUUGACAUCGAUAUUGGCCGUAGUCAUCGUAGAUGUUGUUAA